UAAAAUGGUUGAUUUCUUUAAAAAUAAAACUGAAUAGCUAAAUUUGUAUCGUUCGUUGCCCAUCCGUCCCUAUGCAGCUCCAAGCAGUCCCUUGUUCUCCAUCUUCUGCUGAUCAAGGAAUUGUGCAUGUGCCAGGGAACAUGUUUUUGGUGCGGCAUCAUUUAUACAAGUGGAAGAGUCAUUUUAGAAUUGAUGCGGAUGGAAAGUUUGUGGAGGAUCAAUUUUUCCCAAAGAACUUGAGAAGUGGAAGGAGAUUUUUAAGAAGUAUUGGAGCUUCCAUUACUUGUUCAAAUGGUAUAGGGAAGGAUCCGUAUAUUCUAUCUAAUGAAAAGAUCAAUAAUGCAAGGCUGAUUUAUGCUGUAGCUCCUGCCAUGGGUCAUAACCAGGAAUCACAUCCAGAAUCUCAUUUUAGAGUUCCUGCUAUUGUUAAUGCCCUUGAGAAGAUGGAGAUGACUCCGAAGUUCCGUGGCUCAGAGAUUAUUGAACUUCAGAGUUUCAAGCCGGCUUCAGUAGAUGAUAUUGCAAGUGUUCAUGCCAGAGCCUAUGUGUCAGGCCUUGAAAAGGCUAUGGAUCAGGCUUCUCAACAGGGUGUUAUAUUCAUUGAUGGUUCUGGACCAACAUAUGCAACUGCCACUACUUUUCACGAGUCAUUAGUUGCAGCUGGAGCAGGAAUUGCCUUAGUUGAUUCAGUGGUUGCUGCAUCAAAGAACCGCCUGGAUCCACCUGUGGGCUUUGCUUUGAUAAGACCUCCAGGACAUCAUGCUAUUCCGUUGGGGCCUAUGGGGUUUUGUGUUUUUGGAAAUGUGGCCAUUGCAGCUCGUUAUGCCCAACGUGCACAUGGGUUAAAGCGUGUGUUUAUCAUUGAUUUUGACGUUCACCAUGGGAAUGGGACAAAUGAUGCUUUUUAUGACGAUCCAGAUAUAUUUUUCCUUUCAACUCACCAAGACGGAAGCUACCCUGGUACUGGUAAAGUUGAUGAGGUAGGCCGCGGAGAUGGUGAAGGAACAACACUAAAUCUGCCUCUACCAGGAGGCUCAGGUGACAUUGCCAUGACAACUGUGUUUGAUGAAGUCAUUGCACCUUGUGCUCAAAGGUUUAAACCAGACAUAAUUCUUGUCUCUGCUGGGUAUGAUGGUCAUGUAUUGGAUCCACUGGCCAGUCUGCAGUUCACCACAGGAACAUACUACAUGCUUGCAUCCAAAAUCAAACUCCUUGCUAAAGAUCUAUGUGGGGGUCGCUGUGUGUUUUUCUUGGAAGGAGGAUACAACCUUGAGUCACUUUCAUACUCGGUGGCAGAUUCAUUCCGCGCUUUUCUUGGGGAGCAGAGCUUGGCGUCCGAGUUUGACAACCCUGCCAUUUUGUAUGAGGAACCAUCAACCAAGGUUAAGCAAGCGAUUCAGAGGGUGAAACAUAUACAUUCCUUGUGAGGAUGUCCAAACCUGUAUGAUAUGUAUUAACUACUUUUUAAGUUGUUCACCUAGGUCCAUGUACAUUCGGAAGUUGUCUAUAUCCGAUAUUCCCAUAACAAUGUCUCACUUCCAACUCUGGAAAUUGGUAUACAAAUAUUGAAGAAGAAAAUUUUCUUUUA